AUGCUCUGCGCUCCACUCGCUCUGUUCGGGCUAUUCUACGCUUCUGCGGUCACCGGCUUGGCCAUCCAGAAGCGCGCCGUCGACUUCUUCGAUCCUGCACAGGGCGGCGGGAGCAUCUUCGACAACGCCACGUUCGGCGGCGAACCCUUGAAUGUGAUCAUCUCGGGGCAGAGUUCCCCGGACGUGCUCACGGACGACGGGAUCUUGAAUUACGCACAGGCGAUCAGCUUCUCAAAAGAGUGUCUCGGCUUGCACCUCGGAACGCCUCAGACGGCCAACCUCGGUGAUGGCAACGGGUCGCUGAAUCAAACGAUCGAGUUCCGCCAGGACUUUGGGAACGAUUUCCUCGGAACGUGUUUCGAGAGCUUGCUCGGCGGGAACCACUUCCGGGUCUGGCGCCAGAAUGGUCCGAGUGCCAACAGUGGUGCGCUCUUCCUUGCCGUUUCCAAGGAGCAGGACGCGAGCGCGAACCACGACCUCGUCGACGACGGCUACAACAUCGGACGCAACGAACUCGUGGCGGCUGCAGUGGGUACGAAAAGCCACGGAGGCGUGACGUACAACACGGUAGCAAAGAACAUCACCGGUCUCAUGCCAGCUGGCAGCGACGGUGUCAAUCACGGCAUCGCUGUGGAUGGUGUCAUCACCCUUCUGACCGUGACCAUACAGGAUUCGUGACGUGCUCGACAUGUAUCUGCGUAACGCACAAUCAACAUGCUGUUAAACCUCAUAAGAAAACCGACCUCCACAAUACGAAGACACAUGAGACGUUGGAAGAUAUUGUGGGGUUUAUGCCACAACAUACACGCUCCAUUGAGCGUUGAACGGUGUGCCAAUCCGAAGUGCCCAUAUGCUCGAAUCGCCCGUUAGGCGACAACAUAACGCAUUUUGGUUUCCCUCCCCGCGCACUAAUCCCCGCCGUAACGAGGAGUAGGGCGCGACGAGGUACUUAUCCCGAGGACCACGAAAAGCUUCCUAGACCGUAGCCCCUAGUUUCGAGCGCCCACCAGAAAUCCUAGACAGAAGCCUGGAACCGUCAUCAAGACCGAAAGUGCCGACACAGAUCCGAGAACAGAGCCUUGGACGAGAAUUGCACCCCAGGAUACCAAACGCAAGCCACAGGUCGAAACUCCAGGCUGAGACCCCGCACUCAAGCCUCUGGCGAACCAAGCCCUCACGCCAAAACCCCAUGACGGGAACCCGGAAGUAAGCCCCCGAAUGGAACAGCCCCCUGAAAGCCCAACCCAACGUCACGACUCGAAAGCCCGAUCUAGAAAACCACCAGAUCGACGUCCCAGGCCGAAGCUCCAGACAAGAUCCCAGGCCAAGCGUAAGACCGACUCUUCACGCCGAGCUCCCAAACCAGUAGCUCGAGCCAAGACCCGAGACCGAAACCACAGACCGAGGACCAACACCAAAGCCUCCAACGAAGCUGCAUCCCGAGAGUCCGAAUCAGAACCACGUAUCGAAACCCCAGACAGACAUACCAGGCCAGAACGUC